UAAAGAAAAUAGUUAAAUUCGAAUGGUGAAAGUAAUUUAAAUAAGUGCUUUGGGUUAAAAAUGGAAUUUCGUUCAUUCGUUUUCAGAUAAAACAUUCCGGUACAAAGAAGAAGAACUAGUUGGUGACACACAAAAUCGAAUUUUUUAAAGUUUAGUUUAUAAAUGUUAGAACGAUUAUUAAACAUUAAAAUGGAAAUACUCGAAGGCGAAAGAAAAAACUCAAAAAUUUAUUACCAAAAUAGUUACUAUUAUCGUAAAGACAAAAAAGCUACAGAAUCGUAUGGCGGCGGUUUCAAAUGUAAGGAUGAAUUUUGUAGAAGUCGUUCAACAAGUGAACCAAGCCUAGGGUUAGUACAAAUAACGCCGCAUAAUCAUUUGCCAGAUUUUGAAAAAAAAGAAAUUUUAAAAUUAAAACAAUCAAAAAAAAACUUGACGUUAAAUUUGUGUUAUUAAGAUUGAAAUAUAUUAACUAUAUUAACAUUUUUGCAUAUACAUUUAAAAUGGCAGUAACACUUGUGGAAAUCAAAAAAAUGAUAAAAGACUUGUUUACAAAAUACAAAGUGGAAACAGAAGCUGCGCUAAAGCAACAAGAAAACAACUUUAUAAACAUCCUUAGUGCAAACACCAAAAUCUUAAACGAGAGAUUGGACAAAGUAGAAAAAAAUAUUUUAGAAAACGCAAAAAAAAUAUCAACACUUGCAACAGAAGUUGAAGAAAUAAAAGUUAGUUUAAAUUUUCAUGAAGAACUCAUUGUAAACAAAAUUAAAACUGCGUUAGAUUCUUUCAUAAAAAAUAAAUCUACUCACAACGAAAUUCAAAAUAACAACAUUGAACUCAAAAAAAUAAACAGCAAGCUAAGAGAAAUAGAAGAUAGAUCAAGAAGGAACAAUCUAAGAGUUGAAGGAGUUAAAGAAGAAAGCUGGCUAGAAAGCGAAUUAAAAGUUAAAAAAAUAUUUGAUGAGUACUUGGACAUAAAUGAUGUAAAAAUUGAAAGAGCGCAUAGAGCUGGUAAAGAAGAUAUAAAAAAGCACAGAACAAUUGUUGUGAAAUUAUUGGAUUUUAAAGAUAAAGAAGCAAUUUUAAAAAACUCUUCAAAAUUAAAAGGAAAGAAUAUUUUUAUCAAUGAAGAUUUUUGCGCGGAGACAAAUCGAAUAAGAAAAGACUUGCGAGAGAAAAUGAAAAUUGAAAGACAAUCGGGAAAAUUUGAAUGUAUUUCCUACGACAAACUUAUUGUACGCGAGUGGAAUGCAAAAAAAAAAUCCUGCCCAGCUUUUUGUUGAUUUUUUGAGGUUUCUCGAAUCUACACAGCCCAUCACUGUUCCUUCUACAUCUGCUAUAAGGGUUACAUCUUCAGCACCCAGUAACUAUAACUAUAACUAUUCCAUGUGUUCAACCUCCUGCUGUCGAAUCUACACAGCCUAUCACAGCUACAUUUACGUGUUCAACGAAUGUUCCUUCUACAUCUGCUAUUUGUGUUACAUCUUCUGCGGCUUCUAUGACUCUUCCAGGUAUUCAACCUUCUGCUGGUUGGAUACGACUGGGCAGGAAGGGGGGCGUUUGGCGUGGCACAUGUCCCGUCCCUUAUGUCAACUUAUACACCACUUGUAUAUGCUGUAAAGUAAGAAAAUUUAAUUUAAAAUUUUUCAUACAAAAUAUAAUCAUUGUUUUUUAGGUUCAAAUAUUUAUAACAAUGUAGCAUUUCACUACGAGGGUGUUAAAACGUAACAAAGACAUCAACACUUCAAUCUAAAAUAGACCACUAAUAUUUGGAAAUGGAUUGGAAGCAAAUUGGAACAAUUUUUUGUGUAUAAAGAUGACAUAUUUUAUCAGAAAAACACUCUUUCGUGUGAAAAA